AAGAAGGCGAGAGCGCGACAGGACGAUGAAUUUUGAAAUUCACCAUUGAGGCUUUGAAGAAAAUACAAUUAACCAUUACUACUAGUAUUAUUAUUAUUUGAUUUGAUAUUUGAAGUCUAAUUUUUGAAAGGGAUCUUGAAAGCUCCAUUUCUUCCUCUUCAUUCCUAUCUUCUUCAUCAGCAUAAUAUUAAAUAUUUUGAUGUUUAUAGUUUUCAUGUAUGCUUAGAAGGCCUCUUCACCCACCCGAGUGCCAUAGCUGUGCUGUUCAUUAUUUCUCCUCCACUAGCGGGGAAGUCCUUCCAGAAGACGAAGAACACUGUCUAGUCGUCCAAGUGGACGCUGGGCAUUGGAGAAGCCUUGGGGAGUUCUAGCAGCGCCAGUGCCUGGUGAUGUUAGUGGCUAUUAGGUAAUAAUAUUGGUCUGUUGGAGUUGGAUUUCGAAAAUGCGGAGCCGAGUGGUUGAGAUCUGGAGCGGUUCUGUAAAAUGAAGGGACUAGUUGUUGCGAACUUAUCCGCCGCCGCCGCCGCCGAUUAUAGGGGUCUUCAUCGUCACUUUCUUUGCGUUUUUUCGUUCCAACCUCUCGAUGACUACCACUAAACGUGCUUAUAAGCUACAGGAGUUUGUAGCACAUUCUUCGAGUGUGAACUGCCUCAAAAUCGGGAGGAAGUCGUCUCGGAUUCUUGUAACUGGUGGAGAAGAUCACAAGGUUAAUCUUUGGUCCAUUGGGAAGCCCAACGCUAUCCUGAGUCUCUCAGGUCAUUCGAGUGGGAUCGAUUCCGUCAACUUUGAUUCUUCUGAAGUUUUGGUAGCUGCUGGAGCAGCAAGUGGUACUAUCAAACUUUGGGAUUUAGAGGAGGCCAAGAUUGUCCGCACUCUCACUGGACAUCGCUCUAAUUGUAUAUCUUUGGACUUCCAUCCCUUUGGGGAGUUCUUUGCAUCUGGUUCUCUGGACACAAAUCUAAAGAUAUGGGAUAUCAGAAAAAAAGGAUGUAUCCACACAUACAAAGGUCACACUAGCGGCAUCAAUGCCAUCAGGUUCACACCGGAUGGCAGGUGGGUUGUAUCGGGUGGAGAAGAUCACACAGUGAAGCUGUGGGAUUUAACUGCAGGAAAGUUGAUGCAUGAAUUUAAAUGUCAUGAAGGUCAGAUCCAGUGCAUCGAGUUUCAUCCUCAUGAGUUUUUGCUGGCAACAGGUUCAGCUGACAGAACAGUUAAAUUCUGGGAUCUAGAGACAUUUGAACUUAUUGGUUCUGCUGGACCUGAGACUUCUGGUGUUCGCUCUAUGACCUUUAAUCCCGAUGGGAAAACCCUUCUAUGUGGCUUGCAUGAGAACAUGAAGGUUAUCUCAUGGGAACCAAUCAGAUGUCAUGAUACUGUAGAUGUAGGAUGGUCCAAAUUGUCAGAUCUGAAUGUUCAUGAAGGGAAACUUCUUGGCUGCUCCUACAAUCAAAGUUGUGUUGGUGUAUGGGUUGUGGAUAUAUCGCGUAUUGAACCAUACACAAGUAGAAGUACUACUCGAUUAAAUGGUCACUCUGAAGCCAAGUCUAAUUCAAGUGCAACUUUACCGGGGCUGGAUGCGGAUUCUGCGAAAUCCAACUUAAGCAGGCUUUCAAUUUCACAAAAUUCAGAUCCUGUCAAAGAAGCUAAAUCCUUUGCAAGACUGUCAGCUUAUCAAAACCCAGACAUUCAAAGAGAGCCCAAACCUCAGUCAUCUAUUGGAAUUAUUCCUGGUACCCCACAUAGGAUAAACCCCCACACUGUUGGUCAGAGACCAACUUCAGUAAAUUCAGUUGCUGCUCCUAACAUGCCGGCUUUAAAGAGAAAUUCGACCAAAGUUCAAUCGACAUCCAACGCAUCAGCUCUCAAUAGAUCAGAAGUGGUGCCUGUUAUUGUUCCAAGAAAUAAUUUAAGAUUGGAGCAGUCAGCUGAACCCAGGAAAGAAGGAGUUGCAGGCCAUGUGCCACAACAGACCCUGCAAUUUAAAACAUCUGACUUACGUAAGUUUUCUAAUGCUGCUGGAGAACCAGGAAGACAAAUGUAUUUUGCAGAAUCUGACAAUGAUGUCCCAAACCCUGUUGAGUUAAGUGGAGUUUCAGAGAAGAACAUAUUUGCCACAGUUAAGAAUUCAAUAAGUGGAAAUACUGCAUCUGAGAGGAGCAUAAAGGAUGACAAGCAUUUGGCUCCUCUAAAGCUUGAAAUAUGUUCUAUUGCUGAACCCGGUGCCAGAAACCAGCAUGAAAGCUAUGAGUCCCGAGGGAUGGCUUCUAAUAAAGAUGCAUUUACCACAGAUAGUCAAAGAAGAGGGAGAACACGACCACUUGUAGCAAAUUGGGACAAGAGAGAGAGAGUUUCUCCUUAUGAAGGUUUUUCAGGCAGUGGUCUAACAGGGAAACUACCUGCUCAGAGUACACUCCAAGCUAAUAAAUAUGACCAGAGGGGGCACACAUCAUCAACUGAAAAGGAGAUGGCUUUAAUGAAACCUAUUAGUGAUGAGGACUUCAUUUCCAACCUGAUGGAACAACAUGAUCAAUUUGUUGACUCAAUGCAGACUCGUUUAUCCAAAUUACAAGUUGUCUGCAGAUAUUGGCAACGGAAUGAUAUCAAAGGGGCACUUGGUGCGAUGGAGAAGAUGGCCGAUCACGCUGUGCUUGCUGAUGUGUUGAGCUUCUUGACAAAACAAUCUGACAUAAUAACGUUUGAUAUCUGCACGUCUCUUCUGCCACUUCUUUCAGGUCUUCUUGGGAGCAACAUGGAAAGGCAUCAAGAUAUUUCACUUGAAAUGCUUCUGAAGCUGGUUAAAGUGUUUGGAUCAAUGAUAUAUUCAUCAAUGUCAGCUCCAGCAUCAGUUGGUGUGGAUAUUGAGGCAGAACAAAGGUUGGAGCGCUGCAAUCUCUGCUAUAUUGAGCUUGAAAAGGUCAAACAUUUUUUGCCUACUCUGACCAGAAGAGGAGGAUCUAUUGCUAAAUCUACACAGGAGCUCAGUCUACUACUAAAAGAAUUUUCAUGACAGAAUAACAUGAUGGUUAAAUAUAUUGAGGGAACAGAUAAUGUCGCUCAGAUUGACAAGUGAUAUAUGAAGGACGAGAAGCUUUCGGUGAUGGCAUUUGUUUGCAUAUGCUGAGAUAGCCCUUCGGUUUGUACAUUCUGCAAGGGUGAAACAUUAAUGACUGAUUCUUUCCGCAUUUUUACUGAUAUCUGAUAACUCGAGGGACCCACCAUCUCCUCUACAAGGAUGUUUUGUUGGCAGUGAAGCAAGGAACUGGUGAAGAAUUCAUCACACGUUAAUAUCUAACCCACUGUUCACAAGUUCCAUGUGUAAUUGUAGGUUUUAGGCACUGUGACUUGAACCAUAGUUCUUGCAAUUGGUUUAUGUAUUCAGAGUUAAUAUUAUGAUUUGUUAAUAGUUUUUGAAAUGAAAAGUUAAUGGGCAUCCGAUAUUCUUGAAUGAGUGCA